AACCGCUGAACAUCAACUUCUAACAAUCUAAUAUGGCGUCUCUUCCCUUCGUGGGAACGUUAGAGUCAGAUGACGAUGUAGACCAGUUGGAUAACGAAAGUGAUAGUGAGGAAGAAACAGAAAAGUCUGUUAGGAGAAGCAGAACUAAGAAGAAAGGAAAUUUGUCUUUUGAUGAUGAUUUCAAGUUCAUUUCUGAAGGGGGGCUUGGAGAUAACAACGAAGAUCCGUGGAAUCUGGAUGCAGCAAUUAGAUUUGCAAAAUACAAACAAGAAUCAAAUAAUAAUUCAUCAAGCCUUCAAGACAAAAUAGUGAAGAGAAGAGAGUUAAAGAAGCAGAGGAAAUCAGAGAAGGAGAACUUACUUAGUCAAACUAUAGUUGGGGAAGAAGAUGACAUCAAAAAUCAGAGUAAAGGGAAACAAGAAAAGGAGAUGGAAGGGAAUGGUGUGAAUAACAUAGACAAUUCCAUGCAACAUUCAGAUGAUGAAGACAGCACUUCAGAAGAUGAAGAAACUAUUGAUAAGGUUAUUGAGAAGAAAAAUAAGUUUUUUGAAGAACCUCCACCUCAGCUGAAACAUCAAAAUUUUGCAACAAUGAACUUGUCAAGACCUUUAUUAAAGGCUAUAAAUGAGUUGGGAUUCAAUCACCCCACACCUAUCCAGGCAUCAACUGUUCCAGUGGCCCUGAUGGGUAAAGACAUCUGUGCAUGUGCAGCUACAGGAACAGGUAAGACAGCAGCCUACAUGCUUCCAAUACUGGAGAGACUGAUUUACAGACCACAACAGUAUGCCAUGACAAGAGUGCUCAUUUUAACUCCCACCAGAGAACUUGCCAUUCAGGUGCACUCUGUGACCAAAACCUUGUCCAAACACACAAACAUCCAGGUCUGCCUGGCCACAGGUGGUUUGGAUAGUAAGGUUCAAGAAGCAGCAUUGAGGAAAGGACCUGACAUUGUGAUUGCUACACCUGGGAGACUUGUGGAUCAUCUGCAUAACACUCCUUCAUUCAGUCUACAAACUGUGGAGAUUAUUGUCCUGGAUGAAGCUGACAGGAUGCUUGAUGAGAACUUUAAAGAUCAGAUGGAAGAAAUUGUCAAACUUAGUCCACGAGGAAGGCAAACAAUGUUGUUCUCAGCUACCAUGACAGACGAGGUGGAGGAACUUGCAACUCUUUCACUGAAUCAACCAGUGAGGCUGUUUGUGGACAAUAACACAGACGUGGCCCACAACUUGAGACAAGAGUUUGUAAGGAUCAGGAACAACAGGGAGGAAGACCGUUUAGCUAUCGUGACAGCGCUUUGCAGUCGAACUUUCCAAGAACACUGCCUGGUAUUCUUACAAACGAAAAACUUGGCUCACAGACUACGAAUCGUCUUAGGGCUCCUCGGGUUGAAUGUUGAAGAACUUCAUGGGAACUUGACUCAGCUUCAGAGACUGGAAGCCUUAAGGAAAUUCAAGGCUGGCGAAGUUGACAUUUUAUUGGCUACAGAUUUAGCAUCCAGGGGAUUAGAUAUUGUUGGAGUUAAAACGGUGAUAAAUGCAAGCCUGCCACCAACAAUGAAACAGUACAUUCACAGAGUGGGAAGAACGGCUCGUGCAGGACGGAGUGGGAGAUCCGUGUCACUAGUUGGAGAGAAAGAAAGAAAAUUGCUGAAAGAAAUUGUGAAAUCAGCAAAGACGCCUGUGAAAAGUAGAAUAGUCCCUCCGGAGGUGAUUGAGAAAUACAAAGGUAAAAUCCAAGGACUUGAUAAAGACUUGAAAGAAAUUCUAAAACAAGAAAGCGAAGAAAAAGAGCUGAGGAUCUCUGAGAUGGAGAUGAAUAAGGCACGCAACCUUAUAGAACACGAGGAAGAAAUUUUCUCCAGGCCUCCUCGAGUGUGGUUUCAGAGCAAAGCAGACUUGAAAAGGAAGUCUGAUAAAGCAGCGAAUGAUCCGGCCAGCAAGAAAUCUAAACAAGAUAAAAAGAAAAAGAACACAGCAAACGUAAAUGAAAGUGAGGAAGACAAAAAGAAACGAAAAGAAGCAGAAUUCAUCACGCGGGAAGCUAAGAGAUCGAGGAAAAAGAAACGGUUACACGCGUUUCCACCGGACAAACCCGACCUCAAACUUAAAGGAAAAUCAUCGAAGACGAAAGCAACUAACAGUGGUAGCAGUUCACGGCUGAAGGCUUUUGAUAAAGAACUUACGGAUACAAGUAAAAAGGCGCUUAAAACUUUUAGACAGAGUUCAACACCUGAUGAGGCAAAGAAAUUUAAGAAAAAUCCAGGAAGAUUUAAAUCCAAGAAAAGGUACAAAAGGAGAUGACAUACUGUGCAGAGAACGGCGUAAGAUGUUAACAGUCUAAAGACUAUGACUGUCUGAGAAGAUCUUCGCGAAUUUAAGUUUGUUACUGUUGACAGAGAUAAUGAUGAAUUUUCUCCAGGCAAAAAAAAAAAGGAAAAAAAAUGAUAAUACUAAUGUAAUAUAAAACACUGAAAUCAGAAAACUAUAAAACAUUUUUCAUAACUUUA